AUGUUUCCGAGCUGCAGCUACAGCAGCCUCAGUCAUUUCCCCAGCCAACACUCCCUACCGCCUGGAUCACCCUUGCACACUGCACCAGCAGCAGCAGCAGCAACAGCAGCAGCAACAACAACAGCAACAACAACAGCACCAACAACAGCAGCAGCAGCAGCAGCACAAACAGCAGACCUCAUUGGAGCACCUACGUACCUUCGAACGCACCAGCAACAGCAACCUCAGCAGCAACAACAGCAGCAACAACAAGAGCAGCACCAGCAGCUGCAGCAGCAGCAGCAGCAGCAGCAAACCCUCUUCCACCUGGGCACGCCGCAAACCCCCGCAGCUUCAGAACCUACAAAAGAUUCUCAGCAAUCCAGCAGCUCUCAUUUGACUCAAAAAGUCUGUGAGGCGGAAGAAGACGGAGACAGUCCCCUUAACUGCUUGGAUGACUGCCUCGGUACGUCAGCAGCAGCAGCAGCAGCAGCAGCAGCAGCAACUGCAGCAGCAGCAGAAGCAGCAGUAACAGCAACUGCAGCAGUGGCAACAAGAGUAGCAGCAGCAGCAACAGCAGCAGCAAUAGCUUUUGGUGUUGCUGCUGUUCUUCGUACAUUGGUGAGUGCGGUAGAACUGCUAGCAGCAGCAGCAGAAGAAACAGCAGCAGCAGCAGCAGCAGCAGCAGGAUGUUGUGCUGCUCUGUCUUUGCAGGGGGCAGGCCUCCUGCAGCAGCAGCAGCAGCAGCGCAUUCUGCAGCAGCAACAGCAGCAGCAGCCUCAAUCGCAGCAGCAAGCAGACCCCCGGCAAGGUCCUCCCUUAUACCCUCACCCGCAGCAGCAGAAUGGAGUGCUGCAGCAGCAGCAGCAGCAGCAGCAGGAUUGUGCUGUUGUAGGCGCUUCAGGGCAGUCGUGGGGGUGGGGGGUUGCUGCUGCUGAAGCUGCUGCUGCAGGCAGCCCCGCUGCGGCAGCGACAGCAGCAGCAGCAGCAGCAAGUCAUAAUAAGCCUUGCGGUGUCUCCGCAGCAGAAGCAGCAGCUGCAGAUUCUAGCCAAGCCUUCGUCCUGGUAGACAACGAGGAUCAAGAACAGCAGCAGCAGCAAAUGCAGAUGCAGCAGCAGCAGCAGCAGCAGCAGCAGGGCCGCAGCAGGGGCCCCGUAGCUUGUCUGCCUUCGCCUUCUUUGCUUUCUUCACUCCCCGCUGGUGUAAGAUAUGAUGAGCAUAAAAAUGCCUUUAGAGCCCUCGUUCGUACACCUGAAACGAAGGUAAACAAGUCUUUCUCUUGUAAGAAGUACGGGCCCCUUAAGGCGCUGCAGAUGGCUGCUGCUGCUGCUGCUGCGUCUGCUGCUGCUGCUGCUGCUGCAGCAAGAGGCACUGCCCAGUGGUCAGCCUAUACUACAGACUCUCACCAAAUGCAGCUAGCAACGAAAGCUUGCUUCUCUCCGUUGCAGCAGCAGCAGCAGCAACAACAGCAGCAGCAGCAGCAGCAGCAGCAGCAGCAGCAUGGGGAACAGCUACCUUUUGGUGUCCCCUCUUGCUGCACUGCUCCUCCUGCUUCUGCUGCUGCUGCGCUUGGAGGGAGCUUCCCGCCGCAGGAGAUGAUGGUGGCAGCAGCAGCAACGCCACCGCAUGCAGCAGCAGCAGCAGCAGCAGCAACUGCAGCACAAACUGCAGCAGCAGCCAGCGCCGCCGCCGAUAUGUUGGGUUCCUUAGAUCAGCAGCAGCAGAAGCAGCAGCUACUGCUGCAGGAACAGCAGAUGUUUCCUCACCCACAGCAGCAGCAGCAGCAGCAUCUCCUGAUGCAGCAGCAGCAGCAGCUACAGGGGAGCCUGCUGCAGCACGACAUGACUGCGCAGAUGCACCAGCCCUUGCUGCUGCCUCACGAUCAGCAGCAGCAGCAGAUUCUGCUGCAGCAGCAGCAGCAGCAGCACCUAACAGGUUCCAGUCUUCCCUUGUCACACACGCCGCAGCCGCAGCUGCAGCAUGCGUACCUACAGGAUAGCAGCACACAGCAGCAGCAGCAGCAGCAGCAAAUGCUGCCGCUGCUGCGACACCCGCCAAGGCUGCCCCGACUGCCGCAGCAGCAGCAGCAGCAAACACACAUGUUUGGGGUGUCUCCUUCCUAUUCUGUAGCAGCAGAUGGGACCCCUGCAUGCAGCGCAGAAUCACAGUCUCCGUGGUGUGCUGCUGCUGCUGCUGCUGGCAGCAGCAGCAGCACUCCUGCUGUCUCGAUGCUACCUGAAGAGGCAGACUCAGACUCAGACAGCCCAAAUGGGUCUGAGACGCCAGCAGCAGCAGGUGCAGCAGCAGCAGCAGCAGCAGCAGGUGCAGCAGCAGCAGCAGCAGGUGCCGCAGCAGCAGCAGCUGCUGCUGCCGCAGCUGCUCCCAGUCUGACGAGCCAGCAUGCUCCAGAAGAGCACCAAAAUAGAGAUGCAUUUGCUGCUGCUUCUGCUGCUGCACUCAGCGCAAAUGAGCAUAAGAGACACUUGAACGAGGCAGCAGCAGCAGCAGCAGCAGGUUUGGAUUGGGGCUGCUGCCGCUGCUACCGUUGCGGCGCCCCCCAGAGCUUCUUAGGAAAGGGCAGCAGCAAAGAGUAUCAGCAGCAGCAGCAGCAGCAGCCAUAUAAGACACUUAAAGCAGAGGCUGGAGCGCCUUCUGCCGAUGCUGUUGCAGCAGCAGCAGCAGCAACAGCAGCAGCAGCAGCAGCAGAUUCUCUGGUUUUCUCUGAGCAGCUGGGAGGUUGGGUGGCGGUCCCCAAGUUUGCAACGAAGGAUGAAGCAAAGAGCAGCAGCAGCAGCAGCAGAUGCAUGCGCCUCUUUGCCUGUUUUCCUGUGGGGCCCGGCGAGAGUUUGACAGCAGCGCGAGAAGCAGCCUUGACCUGGCUCAACCAGCAGCAGCAGCAGCAGCAGCAGCAGCAGCAGCAGCACCAAAAGCAAGAAAAGCGAGAGCAGGAGGAGGAGGAGCAGCAGCACGAACCGCAGCAGCAGCAGCAGCAGCAAGAAAAAAUGCACCUGCAGCAGCAGCAGCAUUCCAGCGACGGCACUUUGGUGCUGCCAGCAACAGAUAACCGUGCAAGCGAGCAAGCUGCUGCUGCUGCUGCUGCUGCUGCUACAUUGCCUGAGAGGGAGGAUGGGGGCGCGAGCUGUCUGUCCCCCAGCAGCAACAGCAGCAGCAACUUAGCAGCAGCAGCAGCAGCAAAGGUAGAGCGUAGUUUAAAGCGGAAGAACUCCGACUGCAAUUUGGGGCCCCCAGCUGUUCGAGUUAAGGGGGAGAGGGAGACAGAGACAGCUGGCAGCAGCAGCAGCAGCAGCAGCAGCAGCAGCAACAGCAACAGUGAAGAAAAUGACGGUGACAAGGAUAGGGCUAAGCAGCAACAGCAGCAGCAACAGCAGCAGCAAGACUGCCCGGAUGGUGCUGCUGCUGCUGUUUCAGAUGCUCCUUUGUUUCCCUUAUGGGUGCACGUGGAGCAGCAAGAAGGCCAGCAGCAGCAGGUGCAGCAGCAGCAGGUGCAGCAGCAGGUGCAGCAGCAGCAGGUGCUGGAGGAGAAGGAGCGGCAGCAAGGAGAGCAGCAGCAAAGCAGCAGCGGGCUGCUGCUUCACCAAGGAGCUUCGCAUUAUGAGGUGCAGCAGCAAAUGCUGUUGGUUGCAGCAGCAGCAGAACCUUGCGGAUCUAGCUAG